GUCCCUCCCCCUCCCACCUACAAAUUCCCCAUGCCAUCUCCCAAGACAAAGUGACGUCCUUUACACUCCUCUAUUUCUUUCUUCGUCUUUUCCCUCUUGUUGCCGUCGUCCUCAUACUUGUUCUCUCUGUCUCGGGGCGUUGGCCGGCUAGCGCCCACAGCUUGUUCUUGCGAUUGCCGCUGCCUGCCGCUAGUCCUCUUCUCUCGAUUCUAUCGUUUGUCCUUGAUGCGAACACAUCGUCAAUUCGGCGCAGCCAGCUGACGAGGCUACUGCCCACCUGCCGCCGCGAUAGCAGGGUUGACAGCCAUACCUAGUUGUUGCCUGUCAUGGCACAACAGCAGCAGCUGGCCCUUGAGGCCCUGGACUCCAUCACUAGGGAGCUCAAGUCAAGGGCCGGCGACGAAGUGCGGAAGCGAGCGGCAGUCCAGCUGAGGGAUCUGGUCACUGUCUGCUAUAGAGACUUCCCAGCCGAACAGUUCCACGUAUUCUACAAUUCGGUUAAUAACAAGAUCACAACCUUGAUGCUCCAUGGCAACGACUCCUCCGAACGGCUGGGCGGUGUCUAUGCCCUUGAUGCCCUCGUCGAUUUCGACGGCGUUGAUGUUACCGCGAAAUACACCCGCUUCACCGCAAAUCUCAAGACCAUCCUGCGAGGCAAGGAUAUCGUCCCUAUGCAACCUGCCGCCAUAGCUCUUGGGAAGCUCUGUUACCCUGGCGGCUCGCUCAUAUCCGAGCUGGUCGAAUCCGAGGUCAAGACCGCCCUGGAGUGGCUGCAGUCGGAAAGGGUGGAGGAGAAGAGAUAUAGUGCCGUCCUGGUCCUCCGCGAGCUGGCCCGACAGGCGCCUACCCUGAUGUAUUCCUACGUCGGUCUCAUCUUCGACCUGAUAUGGGUUGGCCUGCGCGACCCGCGCCAGCUCAUUCGCGCAACAUCGGCCGAGACCGUCAGCGCCUGUUUCCGGAUCAUCCGCGAGAGAGACCAGGAGAUGAAGCAGGCGUGGAUGAACAAGAUGUAUAACGAUACCCUCCUUGGCCUCAAGAUCAACACCGUCGAGUCUGUCCACGCGUCCUUGCUGGUGCUGAAGGAGCUCCUGGAACAGGGUGGUAUGUACAUGCAGGAACAUUACCAAGAGGCCUGCGAGAUCGUCUACCGUCACAAGGAUCACCGUGACGUGACGAUCCGAAAAACCGUUGUCUUGCUGGUUCCCGACCUGGCCAACUAUUCUCCGGCCGACUUUGCUCACACCUACCUGCACAAGUUCAUGCUCUACCUCUCCGGUAUGCUCAAGAAAGACAAGGAGCGCAACGACGCUUUCCUAGCCAUCGGCAACAUCGCCAACUCAGUCAAGAGCGCGAUCGCCCCCUAUCUAGACGGCGUCCUCAUCUAUGUUCGGGAGGGCCUCAGCAUUCAGUCUCGGAAGCGAGGCUCCGUCGACCCAGUCUUCGACUGCAUUAGUAGACUUGCCGUCGCGGUCGGCCAGACCCUUAGCAAGUAUAUGGAGGCAUUACUGGAUCCCAUCUUCGCCUGCGAACUCACCCCAAAGCUGACUCAGGCUUUGGUUGACAUGGCCUUCUACAUACCGCCUGUGAAGGCGACCAUCCAAGAGAGACUCCUCGACAUGCUUAGCAAAGUCUUGUGCGGCGAGCCCUUCAAGCCUCUCGGAGCCCCCACCCCGAACACGCUCUCGGCCGUGCCUAUCAUCCCCAAGGACGCCAAGGACCUGCAGGCUUACGAGCAUCGGAAGGCGGAGGUGAAGCUGGCGUUGAACACGCUGGGGAGCUUCGACUUUUCAGGCCACAUCCUUAACGAAUUCGUCCGCGACGUCGCCAUCAAGUACGUCGAAGACGACGACCCCGAGAUCCGCGAAGCAGCUGCCUUGACGUGCUGCCAACUCUACGUACGAGACCCAAUCGUGAACCAGACGAGCUACCACGCGCUGCAGGUUGUCGGCGAUGUCAUCGAGAAGCUACUAACGGUAGGCGUGUCCGAUCCGGAGCCGACCAUACGGAGGACGGUCCUCGCGGCCCUCGACGAACGGUUCGACCCUCACCUCGCGAAGGCAGAGAACAUCCGAACCCUCUUCUUCGCGCUCAACGACGAAGUGUUUGAAAUCAGGGAAGUAGCAAUUUCAAUCAUAGGCCGCCUAGCGCGAUACAAUCCAGCCUACGUGAUACCCUCGUUGCGGAAGACACUGAUACAGAUGCUUACCGAGCUCGAGUUUUCGGAUGCCGCUCGAAACAAGGAGGAGAGCGCGAAGCUGCUUAGCCACCUGGUGCAGAACGCACAGGGCUUGAUCAAGCCUUACGUUGAGCCCAUGAUAUCGGUGCUGCUCCCGAAAGCCGUCGACGGUAAUCCCGCUGUCGCGGCCACCAUCCUUAAGGCCAUCGGCGAACUCGCGACGGUCGGAGGAGAAGACAUGCUCCCCUACAAAGACCAACUGAUGCCCCUAAUCAUAGCCGUGUUAAAAGACCAUGCUGCGACCGGCAAGCGCGAGGCCGCGUUGCAUACGCUGGGCCAGCUGGCCAGCAACUCUGGCUACGUCAUCGACCCCUAUCUCGAAUAUCCCGAGCUCCUCGACCUCCUCCAGAACAUCAUCUGCGCCGAGUCCCAGCGUGGGCCUCUGCGUCAGGAAACCAUCAAGCUGAUGGGAAUUUUGGGUGCUCUAGAUCCAUACAGACAUCAGCAAGUCGAGGAGCGCACCCCCGACGCCAAACGGCGUGUCGAGACCAACCGGAUGACCGAUAUAUCGCUAAUGAUGACAGGCCUCACCCCGUCCAAUAAGGAAUACUAUCCUACCGUCGUGAUCAAUGCUCUCUUGAACAUUCUGAAGGAUGGUUCGCUCUCUACGCACCACGCUGCUGUGAUAGAGGCCAUCAUGAACAUUUUCCGAACGUUGGGCCUCGAGUGUGUCUCUUUCCUGGAUCGUAUCAUACCGGCAUUCCUGAAUGUGAUUAGAGAGUCAUCGACAAAUCGUCUGGAAUCGUACUUCAACCAACUUGCCACCCUUGUCAGCAUCGUUCGGCAGCAUAUUAGGAAUUACCUGUCCGAUAUCAUAGAUUGCCUCCACGGCUACUGGGAAGUAUCACCAUCGCUCCAGGCUACGAUACUGUCGUUGAUCGAGGCGAUAUCGAGGUCCUUAGAAGGGGAGUUCAAAAUCUAUCUGGCAGGCUUGCUCCCUGUGAUGCUCGGCAUCCUAGAGAAGGACGCGACUACGAAACGGAUCCCCUCUGAGAAAGUCUUGCACGCCUUUUUAGUGUUUGGCUCUAGCAGCGAAGAGUACAUGCAUCUAAUCAUACCCGUGAUCGUGCGGACGUUCGAGAAGCAGGGCCAGCCGACGUUCCUGAGAAAAUCGGCCAUCGAGACCGUGGGCAAGAUAUCGCGCCAGGUCAACCUGAACGAUUAUGCUGCUAAGAUCAUCCACCCACUGACUAGGAUUCUCGCCAGCGGAGAGUCCUCCCUGCGGGUGGCUGCGCUCGACACCCUGUGCGCCCUGAUCCAGCAACUCGGGAGGGAUUACCUGCACUUUAUGGGCACUGUCAACAAAGUCCUGCAGACAAAUCAGAUCCAACACCAGAACUACGACCUACUGGUUAGCAAAUUGCAGAAGGGGGAGGCUCUUCCGCAGGAUCUGAGUUCUGAGACGAGGUUUAUAGACCAGCAAGACGAACCGUCCUUUGCCGAGCUUGGCAAUAAAAAGCUCGAGAUGAACGCGAUACACCUAAAGGCGGCGUGGGACACGAAAGGAAAAUCCACCAAGGAAGACUGGCUAGAGUGGUUGCGGCGCUUCAGCACGACUCUCCUGACCGAGUCGCCGAACCACGCCCUACGUGCUUGUGCUAUUCUCGGGAGUGUGCAUCUUCCCCUCGCCCGCGAGUUGUUUAACUCGUCUUUCGUCUCGUGCUGGAGCGAGCUCUAUGAGCAGUUCCAAGACGAGCUUAUCCAGAACAUCGAAAAUGCCAUCCGCAACGAGAACGUGCCUCCGGAUCUGCUGGGCCUCCUACUCAACCUCGCAGAAUUCAUGGAGCAUGACGACAAAGCCUUGCCUAUCGAUAUUAGGGUUCUCGGUAGGGAGGCUGGCCGGUGCCAUGCGUACGCGAAGGCCCUCCACUAUAAAGAGCUAGAGUUUCUGCAGGAUCAGAGCGGCCCCGCAGUCGAGGCUUUGAUCGUCAUAAACAACCAGCUUCAGCAGUACGACGCGGCCAUUGGCAUCCUCCGCAAGGCUCAGUUCUACAAGGAUGGCAUCCAGCUCAGGGAAACGUGGUUCGAGAAGCUGGAACGGUGGGAGGAGGCUCUGCAGUUCUACAACAAAAGGGAGGCAGAGAUACCACCGGAUCAGGCGCCCCCGAUCGACAUCGUCAUGGGAAAGAUGCGCUGCCUGCACGCCCUCGGCGAAUGGGAUGCCCUGGCCAGCUUGACUAGCAACACGUGGGCAAACUCAGCACCCGAAAUCCAGAGGCGUAUUGCACCUCUUGCGACUGCGGCUGCCUGGGGUCUGGGUAAGUGGGACUCGAUGGACAAUUACUUGCAAUCCAUGAAGCGACUUUCUCCGGACCGUUCAUUCUUCGGUGCGAUAUUGGCGCUGCAUCGUAACCAGUUCCGGGAGGCCGCGGCCUGCAUCCAGCAGACACGGGAAGGCCUCGAUACCGAGCUGAGUGCUCUCGUGAGCGAGUCAUACAACCGGGCGUAUCAGGUGAUUGUUCGUGUGCAGAUGCUUGCGGAGCUCGAGGAGAUUAUCGUUUACAAGCAGGCCGACGAGAGAAAGAAGGCUACAAUGCGCCGCACCUGGGAGAUUCGUCUGAAGGGGUGUCAGAGAAACGUCGAGGUCUGGCAGCGCAUGCUGAGGCUCCGCGGCCUUGUCAUAAGCCCAGCAGAGAACAUGUACAUGUGGAUCAAGUUCGCGAACCUCUGUCGAAAGUCUGGGAGGAUGGGCCUAGCCGAGAAGUCUCUCAAGCAGCUUAUCGGCACCGAUCACGCUCUCGACACCAUAAUACCGUGCUGGUCCCAAAAUGGCCAGCCGCAGCAGGGAGCUGCGACAAGAAUCCCCCCCCAAGUAGUCUAUGCCGUCCUGAAAUUCUACUGGGAGUAUGGCCAGCAAGCGAAACUGCGCCAGACGGGUCAUCCCGAGAAGACGCUCUUCUGCCUCCGCAAGUUCACGGCCGACUCUGCUCACAACCUAGAACUCGCCAGGGCUUCUCUGCAGGCCGCGCCUAGUGGCGUUGACCCGGUGGGUGACUACGGCUUCCAUAACAGCGUGGAUUCGGGAGUCCCUAGUUCUAGAGCCCAGAAGAUAAUCCACGACCAAACGGUACUGCUGGCGAAGUGCUUCCUCAAACAAGGGGAGUGGCAGGUGGCUCUGAACAAGCACGACUGGCAGAACCACAACGUCCAGGACAUCUUGACCUCCUAUCUAAAGGCUACCCAGUACAAUCCAAAAUGGUACAAGGCCUGGCACGCUUGGGCAUUGGCCAACUUCGAGAUCGUCCAAGCGCUCGCGUCGUCGGCCGAUAGGAAUGCUCACAGGCUUGACUCUUCUAUCGUUAUUAAUCACGUUGUCCCUGCCGUCCAGGGAUUUUUCAAGUCCAUCGCGCUGUCGUCCGGGAGCUCCCUCCAGGACACGCUCCGUCUCCUCACCCUGUGGUUCGCCCACGGUGGCAACAGCGAGGUGAAUGCAGCAGUCACGCAAGGGUUCGGGACUGUCAGCGUUGAUACAUGGCUCGAGGUAAUACCUCAGCUCAUAGCACGCAUCAACCAACCAAACACGCGAGUGCGCCAAUCCAUCCAUAACCUACUGGCGGACGUUGGACGAAAUCACCCCCAGGCCCUGGUAUAUCCGCUCACCGUAGCGAUGAAAUCGGCCCAGAGCUCUAGAAGAUCGAAAUCCGCAGCCUUGAUCAUGGAUAGCAUGCGCGCGCACAGCGCCAAGCUUGUCGAGCAAGCCGAUACCGUUAGCCACGAGCUCAUCCGUGUCGCCGUGCUGUGGCACGAGCUCUGGCACGAAGGACUCGAGGAGGCAUCCCGACUGUACUUCGGAGACCACAAUAUCGAGGGUAUGUUUGCCACUCUUGGACCGCUUCAUGAGCUUCUCGAGCGAGGCCCCGAGACGCUGCGUGAGAUCAGCUUCGCGCAGACCUUCGGUCGCGACCUUACAGAGGCGCGGGAGUGGUGCCGCCAGUAUGAGACGAGCCGCGACGUCAACGACCUCAACCAAGCUUGGGAUCUGUAUUAUCAAGUAUUCCGUCGGAUAGGGAGACAGCUCCCGCAGAUGACAUCACUGGAACUCGCCUACUGCUCGCCGAAACUCCUGGCUGCCAAGAACCUCGAUCUGGCCGUCCCAGGCACAUACCGCAGCGGUGGCCCCAUCGUUCAGAUACUAUCCUUCGACACGAACUUCAGCGUGAUAAACUCGAAACAGCGACCUAGAAAGCUGAACACGAACGGCAGCGACGGAAACUCGUACGCUUUCCUGCUGAAGGGGCACGAAGACAUUCGACAAGACGAGCGUGUCAUGCAGCUGUUCGGCCUGUGCAAUACCCUCCUUGCUAACGACUCAGAGUGCUAUAAACGGCACCUCGGCAUACAGCGGUACCCGGCGAUACCGCUAAGCCAGAACUCUGGUCUUCUCGGCUGGGUGCCGAACAGCGAUACGCUGCAUGUGCUCAUUCGCGAAUACCGCGAAAGUCGCAAGAUCCUCCUCAACAUCGAGCAUCGUAUCAUGCUCCAGAUGGCACCGGACUACGACAAUCUCACGCUUAUGCAGAAGGUCGAAGUCUUUGGUUAUGCCCUCGACAACACCACCGGGCAAGAUCUCUACCGUGUCCUGUGGCUGAAGAGCAAGAGCUCCGAGGCUUGGUUGGAGAGGCGUACGAAUUACACGCGCAGCCUGGGCGUGAUGAGUAUGGUUGGCUACAUCCUCGGCCUCGGCGAUAGACACCCAAGCAACUUGAUGCUCGACCGGAUCACGGGGAAGAUCAUCCACAUCGACUUUGGCGACUGCUUCGAGGUCGCCAUGAAGCGAGACAAAUAUCCCGAGAGGGUCCCGUUCCGCCUCACCAGAAUGCUCACGUACGCCAUGGAAGUAAGCAACAUCGAGGGCAGCUUUAGGAUAACAUGCGAGCAUGUUAUGCGCGUACUUCGCGAGAAUAAAGAGAGCGUGAUGGCGGUGUUGGAAGCUUUUAUCCACGACCCGUUACUUACCUGGCGUCUUACCAACGCGGUAUCGCCUGUCGGCCCUAAUUUCCGCUCUGAGCGGGAAUCUUCGCUGAACGCGGGUGCUCAGCGACCUCGCAGACCCAGCAUACUCGACGCCGAACACCCCCCGUCCGAAUUCCUAGCCGCGCAGCAGGCCGGGGCAGACUCGGCACACCCCGGCGGUCCUCCUGGUUCUCGUGCUAGGGCACGGACGAACUCUAGCCUAGCGAACGGCGCGGGUCAGAUGGAGGGCGAGAUGGCCGAGAUACAGAACGCUCGUGCGGUCGAGGUGCUAGACCGCGUGAAUCAAAAGCUGACCGGGCGCGACUUCAAGCCCACCGACGAGCUCGACGUGGUGACCCAAGUCAACAAGCUCAUCAUAGAGGCUACCAACCUAGAAAACCUGUGCCAACAUUACAUAGGGUGGUGCUCGUUCUGGUGAAUGAAUAUCAUCCUAUUCGAAGGAUGAGUAUAAGCUUUCAAGACCUUGCCGUAAUUGCGGAGUCUGCGGUACCGAUCUAACCCCGGGGGGAGGGGGCCGGGUCUGAUGGGAGAGGCACUUGUGUUUUGACUUGAUAUAGUAAAGACGUAACGGAGAAACAGGAAGCGUGGUCGUCUACGUUUUACGCAACGGCCACACACGAGCCUCACACGAGCCCUAGGGCCUGCCCAGUUGUCCUCCUCGAAAUCCGAUGGGCAACACAUUGUGGGGUUUACUUUGUUCUUUAGACGGCGUUCAAUCAGGGCACGGCAGAGGGACGACGGGUUUUCUACUAUUCGGCGGCCUCGCGAGACAGAAACCGUCCGUUGUUGUUGCAAGGGGGCGGUUAAUCCUUGUUCAUCCUACCUCUCGGCUCUUGCAGCGAGCCAUGUGGAUGGAUUCUAGCUCGUCGCGUAAGUGUAAGUGUGCAUGGUUAUACACAGAGAUUCUGACAGGUCGGCGCCUCUAAGCUUGGCCCCUGCGGGGAUACAGAGACGGGUACAUAGAUGCAGCAAUAAACGCUUUAGAUGGCAA